AUGCCACCUCCCUGGAAGCGCACCCGUGGAUGCGGCACCUAUAUCCAGUCACCUUUGGUGGUCAGUACUACCUCCGGUACCUUUAGCGGAAUGUCGGUCAGCAGCACGUUCGACCGAUGGCUGGGCAUACCGUUCGCGCAACCACCCGUAGGCUCUCUGCGCUUCAAAGCCCCCCUCCCUAUCACCACCCCAGCGCCGGGAGUCAAGAAUGCAUCUACUUUCGGAAAUGCAUGCCCACAGGUCCCCGCGGCCAGGUUCGGGGUUCCCUUAUCAGAGGAUUGCUUGAAUCUCAACGUUUUUCGCCCCACUGGAAUCAGCAUGGACGAGAAACUGCCGGUUCUAGUGUGGUUCUACGGUGGCGGUUAUAUGAAUGGCGCGGCUUCCGACCCGCAGUUCGACCCCACGCUUUUCAUGCAACGGAGCGUGGCAAUCGGAAAGCCGAUGAUGUUUGUUACACUUGCAAGUCGGUUCGUGCCCCCGGAAGACCUGAAUGCGGGUCUUCAAGAUCAAGUUGGCGCUCUGAAAUUUCUCAAGCAAAAUCUGGCUGCAUUUGGUGGAGACGCUUCCAAAUCUGCAGGGGCCGGCAGUGUCGAGACUCACAUUCUAUUCCCCCCUUCGGAGCCACUGUUCCGUGCAGCUAUCAUGGAUUCAUCCACGGGGCCGUUCAAGAACGAUCCACCCGCAAGCCGUUACGAUGACCCGGCGACUGGAUGUCCGUCUGGCCCGGCUUCAUUCGCGUGCCUGCAGAAAGUCCCACUCGAGACUCUUAUGAAUAUCACUAACGUUUUUACGAGCGAGACUCUGAACGGGCAAUUUUGGCAGCCAGCACCCGGACCUCCAGGCAGUCUCAUCACGGAGCGUCCUUCUCAACGUGUUCUCAGCGGCAACUUCCUUCGCGUGCCUAUCCUCGCCGGGACGAACCUGAACGAGGGCGCCGGAUUCAGCACGUCUGUCGCGAAUUUGACCAUCCCGUCCGACCAGGAAGAUGCCCGUUUCGACCAAUUCAUCAAGGACCUCAUGAUCGACCCCACGCCCAUCACUCAGGACCUGCUGGACGGCAUUCACCAAUUCUACGCUGCAAACGACUCCAGCCUUGGGGCUUGGUACACGGACAACAUGUACCUCGCACCGCGUCGCCUCCUGUUCUCCAAAGCCGCCGCCACCCAGCCUAUCUUCGCGUACUUCUUCAAGGAGUUCAUCCCAGGAGAGGACCCGUUCUUUGGAGUCCCCCACGGCUCGGAGCUUGCCUUGCUGUUCAACGCGUUCCCUGAGGUCGAGAGGGACUUUGCCAACCAGAUGGUCGACUUCUACGUCAGCUUCGUCGCCGACCUGAACCCAGGCGUACACGACGGAAACAAACAGGUCCUGCAGCUGAUGCGCGACAACAUCACCGCCAUCCCCGACGACUUCCUGAUCGAGAAGACGAACUUCCUCAGCUCUGCACGGGUCUUGGCCGAGUUCCAGAAGUGA